CUGCACGGUCUUCUCCUCCCCCAAACUCCCCCCACUCUAGUCUUGCUUUCUUCAACCCAAGUCCCCCCAAUCGGCUCGAUCUCGUCUUGUCAAACACAUCGGCACACAAUGGGCAACCGCACCUCGCGGCACCGCCGCGCCGCCGCCGCCGAGCAGCCGACGCCGGUUCCGUCCCCGCCGCCGGCCCAGCCCAAACCCGAGCCGCAACAGCAGACGCUCCACUGGCCGCAGCCGAAGCCCCAGCCGCCCCCCGCCCCGGCGGUGGAAGCGGGCGUGGUGGCGAUGGGGCGCGUGCUGGGGCGGCCGAUGGAGGACGUGCGCGCGACCUACACCUUCGGCCGCGAGCUCGGCCGGGGCCAGUUCGGGGUCACCUACCUCGUCACGCACAAGGCCACGGGCCAGCGCUUCGCCUGCAAGUCCAUCGCCACGCGGAAGCUCGUCCACCGCGACGACAUCGAGGACGUGCAGCGGGAGGUGCAGAUCAUGCACCACCUCACGGGCCACCGCAACAUCGUCGAGCUCCGCGGCGCCUACGAGGACCGCCACUCGGUCAACCUCGUCAUGGAGCUCUGCGAGGGCGGGGAGCUGUUCGACCGCAUCAUCGCGCGGGGCCACUACUCCGAGCGAGCCGCCGCCGUGCUCUGCCGCGAGAUGGUCUCCGUCGUGCACAGCUGCCACUCGAUGGGGGUUUUCCAUCGGGAUCUCAAGCCUGAGAACUUUCUGUUUCUGAAUAACAAGGAAGACUCGCCACUCAAGGCCACUGACUUUGGCCUCUCCGUCUUCUUCAAGCAUGGGGAGCAGUUUAAGGAUCUUGUUGGAAGCGCAUAUUAUGUUGCUCCUGAGGUGCUGAAACGGCACUAUGGAGCAGAAGCUGACAUAUGGAGUGCAGGGGUUAUUCUUUACAUCCUUCUGUCUGGUGUUCCUCCUUUUUGGGCAGAUAAUGAGGAUGGCAUAUUUAAGGCUGUUUUGCUUGGUCACAUUGAUUUCUCGUCUGACCCCUGGCCUUCAAUUUCUAAUCCCGCGAAAGAUUUGGUCAAGAAGAUGCUGCGACAAGACCCCAAAGAGCGCUUAACUGCUGCAGAGAUUUUAGACCACCCAUGGAUUAAGGAAGAUGGAGAGGCCCCGGAUAAGCCACUUGACAUUACAGUUAUCAGUAGAAUGAAGCAGUUCAGGGCGAUGAACAAGCUUAAGAAAGUUGCACUGAAGAUUGUUGCAGAGAACUUGUCUGAGGAAGAGAUUACAGGCUUGAAAGAAAUGUUCAGAUCCCUGGAUACUGAUAACAGCGGGACAAUUACUCUUGAAGAGCUACGAUCUGGUUUACCAAAACUUGGCACCAAAAUAUCUGAAUCAGAAAUUACACAACUGAUGGAGGCGGCUGAUGUUGAUGGAAAUGGGACCAUUGAUUAUUCUGAGUUUGUAUCGGCGACAAUGCACAUGAAUAGAUUGGAGAAGGAAGACCACAUACUUAAAGCAUUUGAAUACUUUGAUAAGGACCACAGCGGAUACAUAACAGUAGAUGAGUUGGAAGAAGCUCUGAAGAAAUAUGACAUGGGGGACGAUAAAACAAUUAAAGAAAUCAUUGCUGAAGUAGAUACAGAUAAUGACGGAAGAAUCAACUACCAGGAGUUCGUUGCUAUGAUGAGAAACAACAGCCCUGAGAUUGUUCCAAAUCGGAGACGCAUGUUUUAAAUUUCUCUGCAGUUAGUAAAUUGAUACUGCCCAGACACCUUCGUGGCCCCAUUAUCUCUGAAAAACAUUUCUGAGGGGUGUGCUACUUUCAUGCCAUCGUCCCCCAUCUUUUCUUUUGGCGUGUAUCCUCGAUCAUAUGCUGUACCGAGUAUGCUGUGAUCAUAUACUUGCUGCCUCUGGACCAUUUAUUAGAACAUAUACAUUGUAAAACAGCUUUUAAUGAUAAUAUCAAGCAAGACUUUUAUUCUGGACGAA